AUGGAUACUGACCUACAAUCCGCAAAGAUCAAGCCCUUUAUACAGAACCUGCACAGACAACUGGACCAGCUGCGCCCCACGCUGGACUCCUUCACCUCGAAGUCUCUGGACGACCAACUCAUCUCCACGUCCGAUGAGAUGGUCAAAUUGGACCUCAUUAACAAAUAUGCCUACGUCUUGACCUCCUUGAUGUUUGCGUAUAUGAAAGUCCUUGGCGUCAAGGACACCAAGGGGAUCGCAGGGGAGCUGGCUAGAGUCAAGGAAUAUAUGAGCAAAGUGACGGAUUUGAAGUUGAAAUUGGAAAGAAAAUUGAAUCAUGUGCAGGAUGAAAAGACAAGAGCAAAGGAGUUAAUGGUAUCCGCUUUGAAUAGAGGUCAUGACUCUCCCGCUAUUAGUAGUGCGAAUUUCAAAGGGAAACAUACAAAAUUCAAUCAAAAGGAUGAAAAGAAAGAUAGUCUGGAAACUAUGACCAACCGUAUAAUUAAAAACAAGAAGACAAAGGGGAAAAUUGUUAAACCGAGCAAGUAG